CUUUAUCUUGAUAAGAUAUGAGUAUGAUAUCUCUGAGAAAUCCAAGAUGGUCCAACUUGUCAUCUUUUACGUAGAUUUCCAAAGAAAUGACUUUCAUAAUUCAGUAGAUUGGGAUGAAAACAGGAAGAUGUUAAGAGUCUAUUUUCGUGUUGACUUCCUUUCAGACUGUGUUAGCUAUGAUAUCCAGAACGGAGUUCCUCUAAGAUCCUCUCACAAUAAUGCUCUGUGGGAUCUAGCCCAGUAUGAAUUUUGAUGGCAUAAAUUUGCUGAUAUUAGUGAGACGGGCUUUGGAGUCGCCCUACUUGAUGAUUGAAAAUAUGGAUACUCUUGUAAAAGAAAUACACUGGGAAUGUCGCUCAUUAGAUCACCUAAAUGGCCAUACACUAAAGCAGAUAUUGGGCUUCAUGAAUUUACGUAUUCUUUAUAUUCACAUAAAGGUAAUGAGUUAAGUGAUGUGAGCAAGGAAGGAUUCUCCCUAAAUUUUCCAUUAAAAAAUUAUUUGCCGAAUAAACUUGAAGAUUGCCAAUCUGAUAGUUUCAUUGAAAUAGAUGAAACUAAUGUAAUUCUUGAUGAUUUAAAAUUAGCAAGGAUGAUGCAAACCAAUUUGUUAUAAGAGUUCAUGAAGCGUUUGGAUCAUCAACUGAUUGCAAAAUUUGUCUAACUUUAUUAGAAAAGAUUAACAAGAAGAUCAGUUCAAUAUCUGUUGUUUAUAUCUUCGAAGAUGAGUAAGAAGACUCUGAUAGUAGUUUAUACUCCUUCAACUAAAACAAGAUUCAGAUAUCUCUUAGACCUUUCAAGAUUUCCACACUUACGCUUAAAAUAGAAUAAAUCAAAGUCAAUC